AUGGUGAAGGAAACGAUCCGGGUGUACGCGCGGGUGAAGCCGCUGGGCAGGCGGCAGCAGGCGGGGAGUUAUUCCGUUGAUAAUGAGGAACCUCUGCCCAGUCUGGAGAUUACUGUGCCACGUGACUUAGCAGAUGGGUUCAUCAAUAAUAAACGAGAAAGCUACAAGUUCAAAUUUCAGAAAAUUUUUGAUCAAGAAGCAAAACAAGAUGUGAUUUUUGACAGCAUUGCCAAACCAGUAGCAGAAUGUGUUUUGGCUGGAUACAAUGGUACUAUCUUUGCAUAUGGUCAGACAGGCAGUGGCAAAACUUUUACCAUCACAGGAGGAGCAGAACGUUACAGUGAUCGAGGCAUCAUUCCCAGAACUUUAUCAUAUAUUUUUGAUCAAUUGCAGAAGGAUAGCAGUAAAGUAUACACAACUCAUGUUUCCUACUUAGAAAUCUACAAUGAAUGUGGUUAUGAUCUACUGGACCCAAGACAUGAGGCCUCCAAAAUGGAAGAUUUGCCAAAAGUGACAGUAAUGGAAGACUCUGAUCAAAACAUUCAUCUGAAAAACUUGUCUCUUCAGCAAGCAACCAAUGAAGAGGAAGCCUUAAACCUACUCUUCUUGGGGGACACCAACAGAAUGAUUGCUGAGACACCAAUGAAUCAAGCCUCAAGCCGAUCUCACUGCAUUUUCACGAUUCACAUCUCCAGCAAGGAACCUGGAUCUGCAAUUAUCCGGCGCUCCAAGUUGCACUUAGUAGAUCUUGCUGGAUCAGAACGUGUUGCAAAGACUGGAAUUGGAGGCCACUUACUGACAGAGGCCAAAUAUAUCAACCUGUCAUUACAUUAUUUGGAGCAGGUAAUAAUUGCCCUUGCAGAGAAAAACCGGUCCCACAUUCCUUACCGAAACUCUAUGAUGACCUCAGUACUAAGAGACAGCCUGGGAGGAAACUGCAUGACUACCAUGAUAGCAAUGCUUGCUAUGGACAAAAGAAAUAUAGAUGAAUCUAUAUCAACCUGCAGAUUUGCACAGCGAGUUGCUCUUAUUAAGAAUGAAGCAGUUCUUAAUGAAGAAAUUGACCCCAGAUUGAUGAUUAUCCAGCUGAAAAAGGAGAUCCAGGAUUUGAAGGAUGAGUUGGCACUGGUGACUGGCAAGCAAAGAAAAUCAGAGCUUUCCCAAGAAGAGCUACUUCAGUUGGAUGAGUUAAUUGAAACAUUUGUCAAAGAUAAUGAUCCUGAUAGCUCUCUAGAGGUUGGUGCCGACAUGCGGAAGAUCAAGUAUUGCUUCGUUCACAUGAAGCAAAUUAUAAAUCAUCCAAUGACUUCAGGUAAAAAACUGCUCUCAGAAGACAUCUCUGAAGAAAAAAACAGUAAUGAAGAACUGGAAAAAUUGAAAGGACUUUUGCAGCAAAGAGACAAUGAAAUCAAUAUUCUGGUAACUAUGCUGAAAAAAGAAAAAAAGAAAGCGCAAGAUACUCUUUCCCAGCUUAAUGCCACCUCUGCUGGUUCUACAGUCUUGGAGCAGUCUCCUUCUAUGAGCUUGGAAGAAAGUCAGAGUCCAUCUAGAUGUUCUAGUCUGAAAGAGGCAAAAGUUUUCAACUCUUCCAUUCCCAGACUACCUUUUCUUUCCAGAGCAACAGGAGGAAUGUCACUUGUAUGUCAGGAAGCUUUUGAAAUUUUCAAGCAGGACCAUGCUGACAGUAUAACUAUUGAGGACAACAAACAGCUUCUGAAGCAGAGGUUCGAUGAAGCUAAAUGCCUUGGAGAGAAAUUAAAUGAAGUGAGAAAUAAAAUAAACCAUCUGAAAGGAAAGAUAAUCCAGAGGCAGAUACAGAGAGCAGCUCUAGCUGUUUUAAAUCCUUCUGAAGAACUAACAUUUGAUCCAGUAGAAGAGAAUCUUCGAAUGCAAAUUGAAGAAGAAAAAAAGAGCUAUAAAACAGUGUACAGUCGCUUCAAAGGACUGAAGAUAGAGAUUGAGCACCUGCAGCUGCUUAUGGAAAAAGUGAAGAUGAAGGUGCAAAAAGACUUUGAAGUUUGGUGGUCUGAAGAGGCAAAAAAAUUCCAGCAGGAAAAGCCAGAGAUGGUUGCCUCACCAAAUACUGUCAAUCCUGUUUAUCCACAGCUUGUCAGAUCCUCACAGCACCUAUCACCUAUCAGUUUUCCAGACACCAGUAGAGACAGCCCUACUGAAGAUUCAGCUGUGAAAAACAAUUCAGUCACUUCUGGUAGCCCAACUUUAAAAACAAGGACCCCACCAAGUUCAAGUACAUCUAUUCCUCUGACUGGAGACAGCCAGGCUGAUGCUGACAUCCUAGCUUUCAUUAAAGCAAGACAGAACAUCCUCCAGAAGAAAGGUAAAUCCUGCCAAAAAAUAGAAAGCCAAACCAAAAUAUCCAGUACAGCAUUUUGA